AUGGAAACACAAAACAUUGAUACACGUAAAAUGACCGAUCAAACGUUCCCAGAAAUUGUUCGUGGUAAACUAAUUCAAUCAGCUGGAACAUGGUUCGAUAAUAAUGAACCUAAUUUCAACAAAUGGUCGGAUUUCGAAACUGCAUUUCGAAAUCGAUAUUUCACUACAACAUCAACUCACAAGAAAUUUGAUACAUUAAAACAAUGUAAACAAUUACCGGAUGAACCGAUUACGUCUUAUUUUGAUGACAUUAUUAAUUUAUGCCGGGAAAUUGAUUCAAAUAUGUCAGAAAAAAUUAUUAUUCAAUAUUUAAUGAGUGGAAUUAAUCCUGAUUUUAGGAAGGAAUUAUCAAGACGUGAAUCAUCUAUCAAUACAUUAAAUGAAUUUUUAAAAUAUGCAAAAACUGAACAAGAUUUAUACGAUACAUUUGGUAGUCUAUCACUUGAUUCACAACAACGUUAUUUUAAUUAUAAUCACCCGUCAAUUCCAUCAUUAACUGCUACCGUUAAUCAACCAAAACAAUAUUAUAAUACAAUGAAGUACAACAAUCCUGUUUCACAUUCAACACAAUUACAGAUAGAGAUGCACCAGUCCCAGUUCUGA